AUGGCUGCCCUUCCACCAGCAGCCAGCCCCUCCUGGGAGCCCUUAGUACAAGAAGAUGAGGACGCUAGCCUGGAUGAAUAUGACCUCUACAGCCUGACCCCCUCCUACCUGGGAGGAAGAGGACGGAAAGGCCGUACCAAGAGAGAAGCUGCUGCUAACACCAACCGCCCCAACCCUGGCGGACAUGAAAGAAAGCUGGUGACCAAGCUCCAGAAUGCAGAGCACAAUAAAAGAGGGCCAAAGCCCUGA